UCCUUCGCAUCCUCCUCGGUCUCCCUCUCCCUCCACCUCCUUCCACCUCCUCCCUCCUCGGCCCAAGCCGUCCGCGCGCGCCGCGCUGGGGGUGGAGGGAAAGAGAAACCGCCAAGCCCGCGGCGGCGGCGGCGGCUGUCCCCCAGGGCUCGCGGCCCCGCGCGGAGGGGGCGGGGCCUGGCGGCAGGGGGCGGGGCUGGCAGGCCGCUCGCGCCGCGCAGGGUCUGACUGGCGAGCCGGUCCGACCCCAGCCCGCUCACCCGCUCGCUCGCCAGCCCGCUCGCCCGCCCCCUCCAGGGCUGCCCGACGAGUUCGUGCCUCCUCGGCCUAGUGCAGCCUGACGGAGGGGGAGUGGCCGGCUCCGGGCCGGCCGGCACCGGGGGUGAGGCUGCCGGGGAGGGGUUGGGGACGCCCGUGGGGCCGAGCAUCCCUUUCCCCGGCCCGCUGCCCCCCGCUCCCCGCCUGCCCCCUGCCUCACUCCUGGCUGCCUCGCCCCGCCGUGACCCCCGGCCGCCUCCGGAGCCCGACGCGCUUCACCUCAGCAGAUGGCUGAAGGAAUGGACUAUGGGGAGGUAGGAUAUGUUACCUGGAAGAUGGGCUCCCCAGAAAAGGAAUAACAACAAAGAAAGAACAUGGAAUUCUGAACUGUGGUGUUGGAAUAAUAAUAAAUAUAGACCAAUCAUCUAUAAUCAUUUGUAUACUGGAGAGAGGGGCAUAUCUUUACAUAGGACUUCCAAUAGUAGUCAGACAUUAUCAUCCUGCCAUACUAUGGAGCCAUGUUCAUCAGAUGAAUUUUUCCAAGCCCUUAAUCAUGCGGAGCAAACAUUUAAAAAGAUGGAAAACUAUUUGAGACAUAAACAGUUAUGUGAUGUAAUUCUAGUUGCUGGUGAUCGCAGAAUUCCAGCUCACAGAUUGGUGCUCUCCUCUGUCUCUGAUUAUUUUGCUGCCAUGUUUACUAAUGAUGUCAGGGAAGCAAGACAAGAGGAAAUAAAAAUGGAAGGUGUUGAACCUAAUUCACUAUGGUCCUUGAUUCAGUAUGCGUAUACAGGCCGCCUUGAAUUAAAAGAAGAUAAUAUUGAGUGCCUGCUAUCUACAGCUUGCCUUCUUCAGCUUUCACAGGUUGUAGAAGCUUGCUGUAAGUUUUUAAUGAAACAGCUUCACCCGUCCAACUGUCUUGGAAUCCGUUCUUUUGCUGAUGCCCAAGGUUGUACAGAUUUGCAUAAAGUGGCUCACAAUUAUACUAUGGAACAUUUCAUGGAAGUAAUUCGAAACCAGGAAUUUGUACUAUUACCAGCCAGCGAAAUUGCGAAGCUCUUGGCCAGCGAUGACAUGAACAUUCCUAAUGAAGAGACGAUACUGAAUGCACUUCUAACUUGGGUCCGUCAUGAUUUGGAACAGAGACGGAAAGAUCUCAGUAAACUUUUGGCUUAUAUUAGGCUACCUCUUCUUGCACCACAGUUCCUGGCAGAUAUGGAAAAUAAUGCACUUUUCCGGGAUGAUAUAGAAUGUCAGAAACUUAUUAUGGAAGCGAUGAAGUACCACUUAUUACCAGAGAGACGACCCAUGUUACAAAGCCCUCGGACAAAACCUAGAAAGUCAACGGUUGGAACACUAUUUGCAGUUGGAGGAAUGGAUUCAACAAAAGGAGCAACAAGCAUUGAAAAGUAUGAUCUUCGUACAAAUAUGUGGACUCCUGUAGCAAAUAUGAAUGGGAGGAGGCUGCAGUUUGGUGUUGCAGUGUUAGAUGACAAACUGUAUGUGGUUGGAGGAAGAGAUGGACUGAAGACUUUGAACACUGUAGAAUGCUACAACCCCAAAACAAAAACCUGGAGUGUGAUGCCUCCUAUGUCCACCCACAGGCAUGGCCUUGGUGUGGCUGUAUUGGAAGGUCCCAUGUAUGCAGUAGGAGGACAUGAUGGCUGGAGCUAUCUGAAUACAGUGGAAAGAUGGGACCCUCAGGCUCGCCAGUGGAAUUUUGUUGCCACUAUGUCCACCCCCAGAAGCACAGUAGGUGUGGCUGUACUAAGUGGAAAACUUUAUGCAGUUGGUGGUCGUGAUGGAAGUUCUUGCCUCAAAUCAGUAGAAUGUUUUGAUCCUCAUACUAAUAAAUGGACACUCUGUGCGCAAAUGUCCAAAAGGAGAGGGGGAGUCGGAGUAACUACCUGGAAUGGAUUGCUGUAUGCUAUUGGAGGACAUGAUGCUCCUGCAUCCAACUUGACAUCCAGACUCUCAGACUGUGUGGAAAGAUAUGAUCCCAAAACAGAUAUGUGGACUGCAGUGGCAUCUAUGAGCAUCAGCAGAGAUGCAGUAGGGGUCUGUUUACUUGGUGAUAAAUUAUAUGCUGUUGGAGGGUAUGAUGGACAGACUUACCUUAAUACAGUGGAGGCUUAUGAUCCCCAGACAAAUGAGUGGACCCAGGUUGCUCCACUGUGUCUAGGAAGAGCUGGGGCUUGCGUUGUAACUGUCAAAUUAUAAUGUAGUGCUUUGUUUUCUAAGUGAAGAAGAUAUCCUCUUCCUUAUGAAUUUAGGAAAAUUAUCCUACCACCACUGGACACAUUUUUUAGCAAAUUCACAAUGCCACAUACCUGGGCACAAAGUGCCCAAUCUCAACGUGAAGAUGAUAAAACAAGGGAGGAAGGAGUGGAUGAACCAGGAUUAAAUCCUGCAUUUCUUAGUAAGUCAUUUCUUAGCAAAUCAUAACUACAGCUGGUGGGUGGUGAACAUACAUUCCUGGUUUAACAUAUGCAGAUAAAUGCAGUCCUCCUAAAUACAACACAACUGGGGAUUUCAUUUAUUAAUAACCACACUUUACUCCAUUAUCCAGAUUUCCUUUAUUAUAGUGCACAUACACCAGAUAAAACUUUUAACAUUUGCUUUGUAACUUUAUUCUACAUUAGUUGCACUAAUUUGUAUUUGUUUAACCACAACCACUAUUUUAAUGACAUACUAAAGACGAUGCUAAUACUUAGUUUUUUUCAGAAAUAGCUGUAUUAUAUAAGCUUUGAUUAUGUAUUUUAUUUCUAAAUCGCUUUAGUCUAAUGAGUGAAGAAAAACGUUAGAGCAUUAAAACAAUAAUGAGCGGAUGAAAACAAAAUGAUCUUUGGGUUCUUUUAAAAGAUUCAACCUAUUAUAUUUAGAUUCACUAAGAACCACGUGUUAUGAUAUUCUCAAAUUGGAAUAAUUGACACAUGGUGUUUUGUAUUAAAUUUAAGAUAUGCAAAUUUAUGUAGAGAAAAUAAAUGUUAUAUUCACUACAAUGUUCUUUCACCUGAGUAGUAUUUAAUUCUAUGGAUUUGUUUUCUUUUUUGUUAUAAAAGAUGUUUUGAUUUUGUCUUUUGAUAUGGACAGGUACUGUUUGGAUAUUAUGUUCUCAAGUCUGUAGUUACCAUCCUUGCUUUUGUUUCUCACAUUUUGCCACAGGUGGUAACCCUUUGUGCUUCUUUGUAAUCAAACCGUUUGAGGGGAAUGAGCUUAUCGGAUGUUGAAAAAUAAGUUUAAACUCUUUAUUACCCAAAGUUUUGUACAUUUGUAAACUACAAUUACACAUGUGAAUGUUAA